GCGUGGCUUGGCCUUCCCUUGUAUCCCUGGGUCCUAGUGCCUUGCGUCGUUUUGCUUUGGUUGUUACUGACUUCGUGCUCUUGCUCUCAAGUGCAAGCACGGCGGGCAGGUAUGAAGACGGAAGAGCAACGGAGAUGGAACGUGAGGAUAUGGCAUAUUGGUGGGGCAGCGAUUUCCUUGAGCCUUCUGAGAAGACAUUUCCACAUAAUUACAGUGAGCCUGAAAUGGAAACUAAGGAAGAUCUGAGAAGGAAGCUCCAUCAAGCCAAGAAAGAGAAACUGGAUAUAACUGCAAAGCAUAAUGCAGAGCUAUCAAACUAUGAAAGUCAGAUUGCCAAGCUGCGAGCAGAAGUUGAGAAAGGUGAGGCUCUUCGACAAAGCCUGGAAUAUGAACUUGCAGUUGCAAGGAAAGAAGUUGGGCUAGAACGGUAUUCAUCAGAAGACAAAUUAGGUGAAGCAAAUAAACAAGUUGAACAUCUUCAAGGUAUGCUUCCAAACUCAGACUGAGUAAUGAACUGUGAGUACAGUGUGGCUGUCUUGUUGCCCAUCUUUCUCAUGCAUUAGAAAAUAUGGGUGAGUUCCUGGAUCAAUCUGUUUUGCUGUAAUAAUUCAGCAUUGCAAUGCAAAUUGUAAGAAAUCCACAGCCCCAGUAAAUUUCUAACUUUUUGUGAUUUUCCUAUGUAUUUAAAUAGAAGAAAGAGAAAAAUACAUGCUUGUUUUAAUAACGUUUUUAGAGUACUUCAAGUCACCUAGCUUUGUUUUUUC